GGUCAGAACCAGCGGACGGGUCAGAACCAGCAGACGGGUCAGAACCAGCCAGGUUUAACAGAACCAGCAGAUAAAGUUUUCAGAACGGUUCCAGAGAACAGAUCAGGUUUCUGGUUUUGGACCGGGCCUCUCUGUGUGGUUCUGUUGGGUUUAACUCUGUUUGGAGUUCUUUGGUUCUGAGUUUGAUCAGAACCAGGUGUCUCCAGCAGAACCACAGAACUCGACCCGUCAAGCUGCUGAGCUCAGAGAACCAGACUCUGUAGUUCUGCUGGUUCUGAGUCGUGGUUCUGCUGGUUCUGAGUCGUGGUUCUGUUGGUUCUGAGUCGUGGUUCUGUUGGUUCUGAGUCGUGGUUCUGCUGGGACUGGUCCCAGAACUCACAGGUGUUCGGCUUCAGGUUUGGUUUUUAUGGUUUCAUUAAAAAGAACCGGGUCGCAGGUUCUGGAGGCUCCUCUCAGGACUCUGGACCCAGAGGUCUGGUUCUGGUUCUGGAGGCUCCUCUCAGGACUCUGGACCCAGAGGUCUGGUUCUGGUUCUGGUUCUGGAGGCUCCUCUCAGGACAGGAAGAGUCCACCAGAGACCCAGAACCCUGACCGAACCUGCAGCCUGGACCAGAACUGGGUCUGAUCAGUAAAGGUUCUGGAUGUGUCCAGGUGUGGACCGGACCUUCUGUAGGUGAUGGUGAACAGCAGGGCGGAGCCUCCAGUGAUGGGCGGGGCCAGAGAUGGAGGGGGGCCGGCGGGGGGCAGGUCCUGCGCCGGGUGUGGGGUCCGGAUCCUGGACCGGUUCCUGCUGUUCUCCAUGGAGCGGUUCUGGCACACCCACUGCCUGAGGUGCUCCUGCUGCCACGCCCCCCUGGGACAGGACGGUAGCAGCUGCUACAGCAAGGCCGGCAUGAUCCUCUGCAGGGACGACUACCUCAGACUGUUUGGACACAGCGGGUCCUGCUCGGCCUGUGGACAGUCCAUCCCUGCCAGUGAGCUGGUGAUGAGAGCUCAGAGCAGCGUGUAUCACCUGAAGGUAGGCGGGGCUAAAGUCUGUGAUGCUGAGACUCACCUGGAGAUAACUCCUCCCCCUCCCCCCCCACAGUGCUUCACCUGCUCCACCUGCAGGACCCGUCUGGUCCCUGGAGACCGCUUCCAUUACAUCAACGGGACCAUUUUCUGUGAACUGGACCGUCCUGCAGGAGUCCUGCUUGGACCCCCGACAGUCCUGCAGCCCACCGGUCUCAUGACGGACCAGAAG